AGACAUUUUCUCACCCCUCUGCUGCUGCAGGGCAGCAUGGCAGCGCAAAAUCACAGCCAUACAAAACAGUGUGAUCACAGUGUAAAACACACACAGCACACAGUAAAACAGCACACAGUUAACCCUUUGAUUGCCCCAGAUGUUAAGCCUUUUAUGCCCAGUGCCGUUAGUACAGUGUCAGUGCUUUUUAUUAGCACUGAUCACUGUAUUGGUGUCACUGGCGAUGUCAGUGACACCAAUACAGUUCCCCCCAUUGUCAGAAUGUCCACCACAGUCCUGCAA